GGCACUUCCAACUGACGGACUACCGGAAACGAUAGCAAAUAUAUUACCGCCGUCACAGCCAUAAUAAUUGGCGCUUUUUUGAGGUUUCCCAGUCGACAUCUUUUAUUCACUGUUUUGUCCUGAAUCAAAUCAACGGCAUCUUGGGGCUAUCCAAACGAUGCCCAUCUAAUUGCAGUCCGAGCGGACAGCGGAAUGGAAGAAGCAUUGACAGUGAUUGAGGAACAAGGAGACAUUCUAAACAAAGAAGAGUCCGGCGAAGAAAAUUCCGAUAACGGUUUUGUGAAAAGAGGCAGGGGAAGACCCAAAGGUUCUAAGAAGCUGCAGGUCAGCAUUCCAGAUUUAAACCUCAUGGAGCUCGUGUCUGGCAUUUCCAACAGUGGACCCGCACUGGGAUUCAAGACUUUGGACAGCGGGGAAGAGUACACUCCCAAAAAGAGAGGCAGGCCAAAGGGGUCCAUGAGCAAACGCUCUGCCGAAAAGGCUCCAAACAACAGCGGCUCCGAGGAACCGAAAAGGGGACGGGGUCGCCCCAAGGGAUCUGGUAAGCGCAAAGCGGAAAACAUCUCCAGUGAUGAUGAAAGUUACGAAUGGGCACCGAAGAAGAGAGGCCGACCGAAAGGUUCUGGCAAAAAGACACCUCAGAGCAAGGAGGUGGAGUUGGAUGACAACGGAGUCCCAAAGACUCCAAGGGGCAGAGGAAGACCAAGGAAGAGUAGCUCGGAGCGGAAGCAAAUGCCAGCAGAUGACCCUCUGCGCCCUAAGAGAGGGCGAGGACGUCCAAAAGGUUCCAUGAACAAGAACCCCUUUCUUGAGGUCCACUUUCAAGCAGGACGCCCACGCAGAAAGCAUAUCCCUCCUUCCAGGUUGGAGAUACGCCUUCCCCGAAAGACGGGGAAGCGUGGGCGACCCAGAAAGGAGAUGUCCCGCAGGGGCCGUCCGAGGAAGUACCCCUUGCCAUCAUCCACCGAGGAGUCCAAAAAGCCACGUGUGUGGAAACCUCUGGGCAGGCCAAGGAAGCAUCCCCUGUCUGCUAGCCCGGGGCCAGCCGGAGGAGGUCCGAAGCGGGGGCGAGGUCCGAACCGGGGCCGAGGUCGCCCGCGCAAGUUGGAAGCUAAAAAAGGUGCCCACUUACGCAAGUAUGAUGGCCCCCCACGAAAAAGAGGCCGUCCAAGAAAGUAUCCCGCAACGGGGGAGUCCCCUAAGCCAAAAGUAUGGAAGCCCCUCGGGAGGCCCCGGAAGUAUCCUCUUGUGGAGCCUCCAGAAGGAGCCCCAGAAGCCCCGCGCCGCACCCCGGGUCGACCUCGCAAGUCAGAAUCCAAGAGAGGCGCCCACUUGCGCAACCCCAACCCCACGCCGCGCCCCCCCAAGCCCACAUUAGGUGCAGACGGCACGCCGCGGAAAAGGGGCCGCCCCAAGGGAUCGGUCAACAAGAGCAAAGUCCAGAAGGAGGGCCACCACGACAGCGAGCCCUGGAACCAUUCCGACACCGACGCCGCCACCGCAGACGCCGAGGAGGAACAAGUGGCAGACCUGCCCGCUGACGACGGGGAAGACGAGGGGCGCCUAGAGAUGGAGGACGGGGAUGCUCAGGAGUGACACCCCCCCCCCCCCCCUUCGACGCUGCGCUGACCAGGCUUGAUGAACAAUCCACAAGCUGGGGUCUUGGAGGACUUGAAACAAGUCAAGGUGUACACUUGUAGUUGUGAUCCAUAUGAAAAAACAAAACAUUUUAGUCUGGUAACUUAGCUAUUCUUCUACCGACUAACCUUUUAUUUCUUUGACAUUAAGUCUUACUAGAACUUUUUGGGAUUCUUUUAGAUUUUAGUUGUCUUAGCUAGAUGUAGUCCACUAAGAUAGUGUGCCAGGCCAUUUGUAGUCCAAAUAAACCCUAGAGAAUCUUUGCUUUUGCUUUUGCUUUUUAACACCCAGAAGCGUCCUCAAGACGCUGAGAAAAACGACAAAAAAAAUAACUUGGUAAGAUGAUUUCCACCAGCACAUUUCCUAGUUUAGCUCAGCUGAAGACUAAAAGCUUCAGUGUGGCGCCAUGUUUAGUCCAAAUCUUUUGUGUGCUUUUCUUUCCUUCCGACUUAGUCUGGCUGGUAGCAGGACGGAACGGUUAUUGACACCUUUCAUUGAUAGCCAAAGCUUUGAAUGUACCUCGGCUUUUUUUUUCUUUUUUUUUACUUCUGGCUUUUAGUCACAUGUAUUAUUGCUUGACAAAAAAACACAAACGUGUGCUCUGUUUAAACGCCUUCCUGCCAUGAAGAUUUCUCCCUCUAUUUGGACUUUUCAUUUGUAAAUGUUUUUCACAUUAGUGUGUGUGUGUCUCUCACCCCCUCCCUCUACCCCCCCCCCCUUCCCUCCCUCCCCACGUAGCUGUUGGAUAUUUUUCAUACUAUCAGGAGAUUCAAGUCUUUGUUUUUGGCUUUUUUACCUUGGAAUUAUUUGUGUCUUCAGCUUCAUUUAAUGCUCGGGUCACUGAAAGACGUUUAACGGCCAACUUGUCAAUCACAUCAUGUCAAUGAUUGUUUUCAUGAAAAGAGAAAAAAAUACAAAUCCAUUCAAAUUCAAACCUUGGGGAAAAAUGAAAGGAUUUUUGUGUUUUCAACAAGAAGCCAAUAAUUUGUAAAAUAUGUUCUUGAAAUAAAACGUUGACCUUGUUGUUUUAA